AGUUGCGAAAAGCUUCCAGAGCCUGCAGAAGCAACAGAAGCUCCAGGGAGGAGGAGAAGAAGAAGAGGCGCCGGCCCCGGACCCCGGGCCCCCGCGGCGCCAUGGGGGACUGGAGCUUCCUGGGGAACGUCCUGGAGGAGGUGCAUAAGCACUCGACGGUGAUCGGCAAGGUGUGGCUGACGGUGCUGUUCAUCUUCCGCAUGCUGGUGCUGGGCACGGCGGCCGAGUCGUCGUGGGGGGACGAGCAGGCCGACUUCCGCUGCGAUACCCUGCAGCCCGGCUGUCAGAACGUGUGCUACGACCAGGCGUUCCCCAUCUCGCACAUCCGCUACUGGGUGCUGCAGAUCAUCUUCGUGUCCACGCCGUCGCUCGUGUACAUGGGCCACGCGGUGCACACGGUGCGGAGGCAGGAGAAGCGGAGGCUGCGGGAGGCCGAGGCCGAGCGCGCCGGCGGCGGCGGCGGCGAGUGCCCCAAGGCCGAGCCGCUCUGCUGGGAGGACGCCAGCGGCAAGGUCAUCCUCAAGGGCAGCCUGCUGCACACCUACGCAUGCGCCAUCGUGCUGCGCACCGCCUUGGAGGUGGCCUUCCUGGUGGGCCAGUACCUGCUCUACGGGAUCUUUCUGGAAACGCUGCACGUGUGCCGCCGCAGCCCGUGUCCCCACCCGGUCAACUGCUACGUGUCCCGGCCCACGGAGAAGAACGUCUUCAUCGUCUUCAUGCUGGCCGUGGCCGCGCUCUCGCUCUUCCUCAGCCUGGCCGAGCUCUACCACCUGGGCUGGAAGAAGAUCCGGAAGCGGUUUGCGGGAUCGAAGCCCGUCCCGGCCGGGCUCCCCGAUCCCCGGCCCGGCCCGAGCUGCACCCCGCCGCCGGACUUCCACCAGUGCCUGCGCGGCGGCCCCGGCGGCGGCGGCGACUUCUUCGGCCCCUUCUCCCCGGGCGGCGCCGUCGUGCCCCCGCGACCGGACGCGGACGCCUCCGCCCCGGCCGCCGGCACCGCCCCCCGCCCCCCCGCCGAGCCGGGCCGGGGCCCCGAGCCCGCCCCCCCGGAAGGCUUCAUCCACCUGCGCUACGGCAGCGCGAAGCCCGGGCUGUCCGGCCACGCCCCCUCGCCGGGACCCCGCCCACUGCACAGUUACCAUAGCGACAAGCGGCGUCUCAGCAAGGCCAGCAGCAAGGCCCGAUCGGAUGACCUGUCGGUGUGACCCCUCCCUCCCUUUCUCUCCCCCCCCCCCCACGCACAUGGGAUGGGGGCGGCUAUGACCAGAGGGGAACCGAGGAGGGUCAGAGAAGAAAAGAGGUGCCCUCCCCCUCUGACUCCCUCCUCCCGUUCUCAAGCUCACUGCUGUGGUGGUCCUGGGUGCUAGGUCCUUGACAGGGUGUCUUCACUCUAGAAGGUCUAACCCCAGCUUCCUCUCCCCACAUUCGGACUCGCCUUUCAGAAUCAGCUAGAGGAAGGGAAGGGAGUCAUAGCAAAAUCUGGAACAGGAAAAGGGGCCACAAUACCAGAAUACCAAGCUAGAGGCACGUGGCUUCCGUAUGUAAUCCCAGCCACUCAGGAUGCUGAAAUCCAAGCAUCAUGAU